AUGGGUAGUUCCAACGGAAAUCUCGCACAUUGUAUAAAAGUAUUUCCGAUCAAGCUGAAAUUUUCAUUAAUUGAAGAAUCAGCAGUGUUUAUUUGGAAUACGCACCAAAAUCAUUUAUUAUCAUUAUUCUCAUCAUCAUCGAUUCAAUCAAGUGAUGAUGAAUCUGACUCUUCCGUCGAUUCUGGCGAUGAAAUUAUUGAAGGUGUCAUACGGAUGCUCGACAGUGUUAUUGAUAUAACGAAUCUUACUGAUGAGGAUGAACGAAAGCAGACUGGUAAUUAUCAAUAUAUUGUUGCUGAUUCAACAGCUGUUGCAUCUCGAUCAAGCAAAUGUUCUAAUGACAAAGAUGAAUCCUUCGAAAAUGCUCGUUCAAAACGUUGUUCAUGGACAACUAAAGAAAAACUCGUUGCUACCAAGUAUUUUAAGCAGUGCAAAGCAAUUGUAGAAGAAUAA